ACAAGACUGUUGGGCCAGUGACACCAUCCAGCGCUAAUGGCUAAACUUGGACGGACAGGGAGGGGCUUCUUCUGUCAGCUGUUGCGUUGUGGCGCCCAGAGGCACCGCACACUUUCUGGACAUUGUUUUGCACACUCACCGUCAGGCAAAACGGUAGCCAUAUAAAACGGUCUUCCAGUCGAUAUAAGGUCAGUUAAACUCAAAGACCGUAUUCAACUUCGAGGAUACUAAGGGAAGGGGUCGUCACAAGUCGAUGUCCGUUAUUUUGGGGUGAUUCAAUGCGUAACUGUCUUGAGCGCAACACCUGAAGAACAUAGAUACAAUUUCGUUUUUAGGAAAUCAUCUGGUUUACAAAUUAUUUUUUUUCAUUGUCUACUAUAUAUUUAUAUUACUUUGGCAAUUGUCAGCUCCGGGAGAGUAAACUUGGACAGAGUAAACUUUUUUCUUACUUUUCUUAUUUGGAGCAGCAGCCAGUUGAUCAUGGCAGAAGACUUCUACACUCUGGGAACGCUGGGUAGUAGGCAGAGGGUCCCCCGAGACCCUUUCAGAGAGAGUCCGUCACUGGCCUCUCGGUUUAUGGACGAUGACUUUGGGAUGUCCCCUUUCCCUGAAGACUUGUCAAUGGACUGGCCCGGUUGGGCUCGGCCUAGCCGGCUCAGCACGCGGCUUUCCGCACCAUUCACGGGCACUCUGCGCACAGGGUUUCCACCAACGCGUGCAUCGACUGGGCAGCCGCCUGUGUACAGCACGAGAUACAACGAGUCCCCCCGCAGCUCUCCGACCCAGACGCCGGGAGAGCCGUGGAAAGUUUGUGUGAACGUCCACAGCUUCAAACCAGAGGAACUUAACAUCAAAACCAAAGAUGGGUUUGUAGAAGUAUCAGGGAAACAUGAAGAGAAGCAGGAGGAAGGAGGCACCGUGACAAAGAACUUCACAAAGAAGAUACAGAUUCCAACCGACGUUGACCCUGUGACGGUCUUCGCCUCCUUGUCGCCAGAGGGGGUGUUGAUCAUCGAGGCGCGGCAGAGCCCUCCCUACUACCUCUUCAGUAACGAAGGUCCCCAGGGAGAGAUGGAGGAGGCCAGCCAGAGCCAAGAGGCCAGGCCCCAAGAGGCCGCCAUGGUUUAGGACGAAGCCCAGGACCGAGCUCUCUUCCCUAGGGAGACACAGGCUCACCCCGGGCCCCCCAUUCAGGGAAACCAUGACGUACAGAGCCACAUUUGACCCCAAAAUCAUGUUUGUUUGAUUAUUGGCACUAAUGCAACUCCAUAAUUGAGCAUCCAGCAGAGUAGAGGAAGAGUUAACAUGUUCAAAGCCUUGGAGAUCCUCAGCAUAUGUUGUAGCCCCCUACAUCACCCUAUUCCCUUUGUAGACUACUUCUGACCCCUAUAUAGGGAAUAGAAAGAAACACCCUGAUUUUCAUUUUGAGUGUAAAGUAAUCGCUCCAUCAUCCCCCUAAAACAUUUUUGCCAGUGUUUCUCUUGGUAGCCAUGCUGCUUGGUUCUCGCACCAAUUUAAUUUCAAGUCAGAAACUAAAUCAAUCCCACUGUCUCACAGUAGCAUUGCUACUGACCUGUUUAGAUACAGACAGAGGCUGGCUCAAGGCUGGGAGCCCCGUCUAUCUGGGUCGUUCCGUAAUGUCAUGUCUCCCUUCAGUAUUUCACACGUUAUUUGACGUUUAUGCAUCAUGCAAUGUCUUCUUUGUGUAAUUGAUCCAUUGUCAAUCAUAUUAUGUUGAAUGGGUAAAUUAAAGAAGCUCAUUGAAAUUCAUAAGCAAGUUGUACAAUAUGACUGAGUAGUCUCAUUAUCGUUAUAGUGUGUUAUAGAGUGUUGAUAUUGUAUUAUACCCCAAUGUAGGUGACUGACUGUAAAUAAAUUGCACUGUAGCUUACCUACCAUAUAUACCGAUCCAAAUACAUACACAGGUCUAUUCAAGUGCCGUGAUUGCCCUAACUAGAGGUCUUACAAAAUAAUGUUCUUUGCAUUUUUUUAUUUGUACAUGUGAUGAUGACAUUGUGUUGGUUCUUGGUGCAAAGGUAUUAAACUUUUUGCCAGACUUCUCCCAUCCCUCUCUCAUCACCUCCCUCCUCCUCCCCCCGCCUCUCUCUCCCAUCCCUCCCUCCUCUCCUCCCUCCGCCCUCCCUCCUCUCCUCCUCCCUCUCUUCCCUCUUCUUGAUAUCUUUGUAUUUGUUUAUGCAAUAAAACCUCCCAUCAAUCCCA